UAGGUUGAAACACCACAAAACCAGAGGGGAGUUCAAGGUCAGUGAGCCCAUCUGCACCCCGUUCCUCUUCUGGGAGCACAGAGGAAGGACCAGCAGCCCCGACCUGGGCAGCCUCCUGGGAAAGAUGCAGCCACUCCUGCUCCUGCUCCUGCUGGCUUUUUGCCUGCCUUCCGGGGCCAAGGCAGGAGAGAUCAUCGGGGGACAUGAGGCCAAGCCCCACUCCCGGCCCUAUAUGGCGUAUCUUAAGAUCGAGAAUAAGAAUGAGCAGGUUUCGUGUGGUGGGUUCCUGAUACACAAGAAGUUCGUGCUGACCGCCGCGCACUGCCACGGAAGCUCCAUCAGGGUCAUCCUGGGGGCCCACAACAUCAAGAAACAGGAGAGGACCCAGCAGGACAUUCCGGUGAGAAAAGCCAUCCCCCACCCAGACUAUAAUCCGAAGAACUACUCCAACGACAUCAUGUUACUGAAGCUGGAGAGAGAGGCCAAGCAGACUGCAGCGGUGAGGCCCCUCCGCCUGCCCACUGGCAAGACCCGGGUGCGGCCAGGACAGGUGUGCAGUGUGGCCGGCUGGGGGCGGGUCAACGCCAAGAUACGCACGUUCUCAGAUACUCUGCAAGUAGUGAGGCUGGCAGUGCAGGAGGAUGGGAAGUGCAAAUCCCUCUUUCCCAGUCAUUACGACCGCACCAUUCAGCUGUGCGUGGGGGACCCAAUGGAAGAAAAGUCUUCCUUUCAGGGAGACUCUGGGGGCCCUCUCGUGUGUAACAGUGUGGCCCAGGGCAUUGUCUCCUUUGGACACCGAAAUGGGACACCUCCACGGGUCUAUACCAAAAUCUCAACUUUCCUGCCCUGGAUAAAGAAAACCAUGAAAAGCCCCUACCUGCAGGAACCAGACUAUUUGCUCUAGAGCUGAUCCAGAAUCACGCUGCGGAGGGUGGCAGGAAAGGUGCCAGCAAUCAAAUAAAUGUCUCUUACCUGAGUAUCAGCCAUCAAAUAAAUGUCUCUU